GUGAAAAAACCAACACACUGAAAACCCAGAAGCCUUUCCAUUCUCUCUCCGUCUCUCUUUCUCUCUCAUCUCUCUCUCUCUCUCCUAUCUUUCUCCCCCCUCUCUCAAAUUGCAUUGAUUUCUCUGUGAUUUGUCAAUCAGGCGGCUGUAAAUCUUCAGCCAUGACGAUGAUGACUCCUCAGCCGUUGGAUGAAGAUGAAGAGAUGCUGGUGCCGCACUCUGAUUUAGUCGAAGGUCCUCAACCGUUGGUCCAAGGGCCUCAGCCAAUGGAAGUGGCGCCAUCGGACAAUGCUGGAACAACAGAAAACCAGGCGAAUGACGAGCCACAAGCAUCACGCUUCACGUGGACGAUUGAUGCCUUUUCCAGAGUGAAUAAUAAGAAGCUUUAUUCUGAUGCCUUCGCUGUUGGGGGCUAUAAAUGGCGCGUGCUUAUUUUUCCAAAGGGAAAUAAUGUGGACUACUUAUCGAUGUAUCUAGACGUGGCUGAUUCAGCUAAUUUGCCGUAUGGGUGGAACAGAUACGCGCAGUUUAGCUUGGCUGUAGUUAAUCAAAUGCAUAGCAAGUUAACAAUUAAAAAAGAUACACAACACCAGUUCAAUCAAAGGGAGAGUGAUUGGGGUUUCACAUCUUUCAUGCCUCUUAGUGAGCUUUACGACCCCAACAAGGGAUACCUGGUGAAUGAUACUGUUGUUAUUGAAGCCGAUGUAGCUGUACGUAAAGUUGUUGAUUACUGGACAUAUGAUUCAAAGAAGGAGACAGGCUAUGUUGGACUUAAGAACCAGGGUGCAACUUGUUACAUGAAUUCUCUGCUCCAAACUCUGUACCAUAUUCCUUACUUCAGAAAGGCUGUAUAUCACAUGCCAACAACAGAGAAUGAUAACCCCACUGGAAGCAUCCCUUUGGCGUUGCAGAGUUUAUUUUAUAAGCUCCAGUAUAAUGACACCAGUGUUGCAACAAAAGAGUUGACUAAAUCAUUUGGAUGGGACACAUAUGAUUCCUUUAUGCAACAUGACGUGCAAGAACUUAACAGAGUUUUAUGUGAAAAGCUUGAAGACAAGAUGAAGGGAACUGUUGUUGAAGGGACAAUACAGAAAUUAUUUGAAGGGCACCAUAUGAAUUACAUAGAAUGCAUCAAUGUGGACUUCAAAUCUACAAGAAAAGAGUCCUUUUAUGAUCUUCAAUUGGAUGUAAAAGGUUGCAAGGAUGUCUAUGCUUCAUUUGACAAGUAUGUGGAAGUUGAACGCCUUGAAGGAGAUAACAAAUACCAGGCUGAAGGACAUGGUUUGCAGGACGCAAAAAAGGGUGUCUUGUUCAUGGACUUCCCACCAGUUCUCCAGCUGCAGUUGAAGCGUUUUGAGUACGACUUUAUGAGGGAUACAAUGGUUAAGAUAAAUGACCGUUAUGAAUUUCCAUUGGAACUUGAUCUAGACAGAGACAAUGGCAAGUAUUUGACACCAGAAGCAGAUAGAGGCAUACGAAACCUUUACACGCUUCACAGUGUUUUGGUUCAUAGUGGUGGGGUGCAUGGUGGUCAUUAUUAUGCUUUUAUCAGGCCGACGCUUUCUGAUCAAUGGUACAAAUUUGAUGAUGAGAGGGUUACUAAAGAAGAUAUGAAGAGAGCAUUAGAGGAGCAGUAUGGUGGUGAGGAAGAGCUACCACAGACAAAUCCUGGCUACAACAACACCCCGUUCAAAUUUACAAAAUACUCAAAUGCAUACAUGCUUGUGUAUAUACGAGUGAGUGACAAGGAUAAGAUUAUAUGUGAUAUGGAUGAGAAGGAUAUUGCGGAACAUCUUCGGAUAAGACUGAAAAAAGAACAAGAAGAAAAGGAAGACAAGAAAAGAUACAAAGCCCAAGCACACCUUUAUACUAUUAUCAAGGUUGCUCGAGAUGAGGAUUUGAGGGAACAGAUUGGAAAAGAUAUAUAUUUUGAUCUUGUAGAUCAUGAUAAAGUAUGUAACUUCCGAAUCCAGAAACAAAUGCCUUUCAAUCAGUUCAAGGAAGAAGUAGCCAAAGAACUUGGUAUACCAGUACAAUUUCAACGCUUUUGGAUAUGGGCAAAAAGACAGAACCAUACUUACCGUCCGAACCGGCCAUUGACGGCCCAGGAAGAAGCGCAAACUGUUGGAGCACUGAGAGAAGUUUCCAGUAAAGCUCACAAUGCAGAAUUGAAGUUGUUCUUGGAAGUACAUCAUGGACUGGAUUUACAGCCGGUUCCUCCACCAGAAAAAAAUAAGGAAGACAUACUUUUGUUUUUUAAACUCUAUGAUCCCGAGAAAGAAGAGCUUCGAUACAUAGGGAGGUUUUUCGUAAAGAACACCGGAAAGCCCAUUGAGAUCCUAGCAAGAAUAAAUGAAAUGGCUGGAUUUGCUCCUGAUGAAGAGAUUGAUCUAUUUGAGGAAAUAAAAUUUGAGCCAACUGUUAUGUGUGAACGCCUUGAUAAAAAAGCUUCAUUUCGAUUUAGUCAGAUCGAAGAUGGGGACAUUAUUUGCUUCCAGAAACGGCCUUUGCCUGAACAUGAAGAGAAAAUCCGUUUCCCUGAUGUUCCUUCAUUUUUGGAGUACGUAAAAAAUCGCCAGAUUGUGCAUUUUCGAGCUUUGGAGAAACCCAAGGAAGAUGAAUUUUGCCUAGAAUUAGCAAAGAAUCACACAUAUGAUGAUGUUGUGGAAAAAGUUGCCCAGCGCCUUGGCCUAGACGAUCCAUCAAAAAUUCGUCUUACUCCUCACAAUUGCUAUUCUCAGCAACCGAAGCCCAAUCCCAUUAAAUAUAGAUCGGUUGAUCAUUUGCUAGACAUGCUUGUCCACUAUAAUCAGAUUUCUGAUAUACUGUACUACGAAGUGCUAGACAUUCCUCUUCCAGAAUUGCAGUGCUUAAAGACACUGAAGGUCGCCUUCCAUCACGCCACGAAGGAGGAGGCUGUAAUUCUCAAUAUUAGAUUGCCUAAACAAAGCACCGUUGGAGAUGUUCUCAAUGAGAUCAAAACAAAGGUGGAGUUGUCUCAUCCAAAUUCUGAGCUUAGGUUGCUUGAGGUUUUCUAUCACAAGAUUUACAAGAUUUUCCCACUCCAUGAGAAAAUUGAGAACAUAAAUGACCAGUACUGGACUCUGCGUGCCGAGGAGAUUCCAGAAGAAGAAAAGAAUCUUGGGCCCAAUGAUCGUUUGAUUCAUGUUUACCAUUUCAACAAAGAGAUUGCCCAGAAUCAACUGGUCCAGAAUUUCGGGGAACCAUUCUUCUUGGUCAUUCAUGAAGGCGACACAUUAGCAGAUGUUAAAGUACGCAUUCAAAAGAAAUUGCUGGUCUCAGAUGAGGAGUUCUCUAAGUGGAAGUUUGCAUUUUUGUCAUUGGGACGGCCAGAGUAUCUCGAGGACUCGGACAUUGUCUCCAGUCGUUUCCAGAGAAGAGAUGUUUACGGUGCUUGGGAGCAGUACCUGGGGUUAGAGCAUUCCGAUACUACUCCUAAAAGAGCAUAUGCUGCAAACCAGAACCGUCACACAUUUGAGAAGCCAGUGAAGAUAUACAAUUGAAGUUGAUCGCUUUUUACGAAAAUGCCCACUUUGAUGUUGGUUGGAAAUGAGAAUUAAGGCAAAAAAAAAGGAAAAAAAGAUUGACAUUCCCUGUUGUUCUUUUACGAGGCUGUGGUGGUUAGUAUUAUUUAUCCUUUCGACUAGUGUUGGAAGGGCAGCUCCUCUCUUAGACGUUUGUUGUUUCCCAUUGUCGAUAGCUCUUUCGUUCUUCUCAUUCUCACUUUGCUUUGUAGUGGGCGUGCAAACUAUUACGUUGUCACUUUGUAAUUUAUCACGCGUAACAGAUUUUGGCUGAUAGGUUUGUAAAGUGGGUAUAGUUUAGGUCUCUCUACCAUAAUGAUUUAUGUCUUCUUCCAUUUUCUUUUCCUUUUUGAGUUUCCUACCCCUUGUUUUUUUUCGUUUGUAUUUCGUGUAUUGCAUAAAUAGGGGACGUAACUCGUGAUUGUAAAAUAAUACGAUUAUGUUGUUUUUUGGAUAUCAUAUUUAUAAGCUACCAUUAUUCAGAGCAUUA